AUGACUUCCUCGGCGAUGGACUUCAUUGUGAAUUCCCAAGUUCUUUUAAGGAAGUAUAUAAAUGGAUACUCGAUCAGUAUCUCUGAAGAUCAAUCGCUGGUGUGUUUGUGGAAUACAGGAAGUGAACUUGAGAUUUACAGAAGUAAUGGCGGGUACUUGAUAAACAAAGUAGGGAACAAGGAACAGAACCGCAGACUUAUAGAUGUUAGAUGGUUUGGAACUCAGCUCUUCUGUAACUAUAAUAAUGGCAGUGUGUUAGUCUAUAAAGAAGGAAGAGAACUAGUCAAACAGUUGACCUUUAUGCCGAAAGGCACCAGAACGAAGUGCAUAUUUUACGAUUCUAUACAGCUAGAAGACGAUAGGUACUCAAUGACAGAAGGUGCUUUGCUUAAAUACAUGCCAAAGCUCAAUAAAUGGGAUACAGUAAAGAAUCAAUUGGAUAACGAACUUAUUUUAGGUAAUGAUUCUGCCGGCAAGGGAGUUAUCGAUGUUUUUGCAUCGAUUGAUGCAAAGACGAAUAAACUAGUGUUAUCCAUUGAAGGCACACUUAAUAUUAAGCUCGGAGAUAAGUUAAAGCUUCCAAAGGAUAUUAAUCGAUUGAUGAGGGUUUCUGUAGGAAAGUUUCUCUGUAUGAAUAAGGCUUCGCAAUAUCAGAUUGUUAAUUUGACGUUUUUACAAGAUCAGAAUUUCUAUAAGUUAAUCAAAACCACUCAGGAGUACGGCGCUCUGAUGAAAUAUUUGAAACAAUUACAUAGACACAUCGGUAUGAAGCUAGUGGAUCCGUACUUCCAAUUUGUUGAUACUCUCUGGAAAGAAGCACACAGGAAAGCCUUACAAGAGUUAUUCUAUGUUGGAAUAACAGACCCCGAAUUAAUGCAAGAGCUUCAUGAGAUACAGUUGCAAAGCUUCAGAAUAGAAAAAUGGCAAUCUCUCUCUAUGAACUUGUGCUCCAACAGUAUCAGUCUUAUAGUGUCAUGUAUGUUACCAUUGAUAGAAAGAAUGGUGGUUCUAGCUGCUACUAUAGAGGCUUUGUGCGAGGCUAUCACGUUGAUUUCAUUCCCAGAAGAGAAAGGAUUCACCAGUGAACUAAGACAACACACCUUACGAAUGCUAAAAUCGUUAAGAGUACAAACCGCUGAAUUGAUGAAAGUCAAGAAGAGUCACAAUGUGGGUUUUGAAUGGAUUCAAGUUAUCACAGAACGUCUUUCAAAAAUGGAAAAAGACAGACGACAGACAUCUUCUUCCUCGCCAGCUACUACAGGGGUAGGCGGGUCAAACGGUAACAGUAAUUCUGCAGGACGGUCUGGAGGCACUACUGAGAGUUCUGCAUCACUAAAGAAAAGAUUGUAUCUCAGUACUGUGGAGGAUUUUCUAACAUCAGAUAUGGUACCGCAAAAUCAAUAUGAAUGGGUCAAAAACACCUUCCCUCGUGAAUUUAUUCAAACCCAGACAGAAUUUGAUAGGAUAAUGAGGGACUACACAUUGAGGUGGUUGAAAAAGCAAAUAUCUGCUGAGUACGAACAACCGAAAUUCAUUGAAUUAGAAGACACAGACUAUGGUAAAAGUGAUUCUACUACCCCAAUAUGCGAUGUCCAAAUAAUUCAGGGACUUUCAAAAUUACCCCGUGCACUUUUUGUCACUCCAAUUGAGUUAAUCUUGGUAAAUCUCGAAACACAAAAAAUAGAAUCCAGAUGUCCUACACCACUGCCCUCCACAAGGUUAGCGUCCGCAGUGACCGCGCUGAACUCAGAUCUCGAUGUUCUUCGUAAUAAAUCAGCUGCCAAGCCAAGAAUCCAAUUGAUUCCGAUCAAAAAUUCUGUCUCUCUACCCACAACGUUAUCAACCUAUUAUCUAAUGCCUCUACGGCAGAUAGUCACCAUAACUCCAAAUAAUGACAUUGAUUUAAGUGUCAAUAAAGGUGGUGGAGCACAGCAAAGUCCUAUUUCACCAUCAAAAACACGUGACUUGUCAGCGUCAACUUUCUCAAUCCACAUUCAAUCGGCUUGA